GCCUCAUCUAACGGCAGCAGGUAGCAGGUUCCAGUGACCGGCGACGGUGAGUGGCGCGUACGGUGGUCCCUCGGACGACGAUGUUGGGCGCCACUGUUGGCAAAAUCUUGUGCAGAAGGAAAUGGAGCCCAAGCAGUUCGAGUGCGCUUUGGUUUUCGUCAGUUCCAAGAACUAAAGCGCCGUUGGAGAUGGCUGAAAGAGAUGGAGAACUGAGGGUCUUCGUUGUUGCAGGCGAAGUCUCUGGUGACUCCAUUGCUUCUCGUGUCAUGGCUUCCCUCAAGCUUCUCUCCCCUUUCCCUGUUCGCUUUGCUGGUGUUGGAGGGGCUAAGAUGUCAAGUGAAGGAAUGCAAUCUCUUUUUCCCAUUGAGGAUAUCUCGGUCAUGGGAAUUUGGGAACUACUACCGCAUUUGUAUAGAAUCCGAGUGAGAUUGAAGGAAACUGUAGAAGCAGCUGCUUUAUUUGAGCCUCAUGUUGUAUUAACCGUGGACUCUAAAGGCUUUUCUUUCCGGUUCUUGAAGCAGCUAAGAGCUAGAUACAAUAAGCAAAGAUCGCAUUGGCCAGUACAUUUUCACUAUGUAGCACCAUCAUUCUGGGCAUGGAAAGGAGGCGAAGCAAGACUCAGAGGGCUGGCAGAAAUUGUAGAUCAUCUAUUGUGCAUACUUCCAAAUGAAGAUAAAAUAUGUAAAUUGAAUGGAGUGUCUGCAACCUUUGUUGGCCAUCCUGUCCUAGAAGAUGUUCUAGAAUUGAAUUUGAGAAGCAAUUACUUAGUCCCUAAUUGGAGGGCUGAAGGCAAUGCUGAAGAUUUCCAAAAUAAACAUGUGAUACCCUCAGGAGCCACUGUUGUUAGCUUGCUUCCUGGAAGCAGGGUGCAAGAAGUCACCCGGAUGCUUCCCAUCUUUGCAAACACAUUGGAACUCCUGAAAGAGACUUUUCCUCAGAUGAUGACAGUCAUUCAUGUUGCGCCUAACAAGUAUGUGGAAAAAUUUAUUGCUGAGGCUGUUCAUAGAUGGCCUCUUCCUUCUGUUUUAAUUCCUGGCGGAAUGACUCAGCUGAGAUAUGAUGCCUUUAGUGCAAGUAGAGUUGCAUUAUGCACAUCUGGGACUGUUGCUGUGGAGCUGCAGCUUGCACGUCUACCUUGUGUUGUUGCAUAUCGUGCCAAUAUUUUGACUGAAUGGUAUAUUAAGUACAAAGCUAAGAUACAAUACAUUUCACUUCCCAAUAUUCUCUUGGAUUCAGCUAUUAUUCCAAAACAAUAUUUCUCUGGGACAUUUGAUGAGGUCUUCGCUCUAUACUACAGGAAUUUAAUACACGAUAACAAUUUUCGAGAAGAACAAUUAGUGGCAGCUGAAAAGUUUGUUAAGCUUCUAUUGCCUUCAGAAAGAAUACAAGGCAACCUUUCUCAACAAGAUUUGAUGAGAGCUAAUUCUAACUACAGUCCAAGUGUAGUUGCAGCAUUGACUAUAUUGAACUAUGGAAAGCCUAUAUAACAAGUAUCUAAGGACAUCCAAAUAUUGAAGGAUCUACGACAUCAAAUUAUUUACAACGAAAGUUCAACAUUGAGGUGGAGAUUGUUACCUAAUGUCCCAAACCACAUGUAAUCUAAAGCACUCGGAAAUGCAUCAGGUUUUAUUUAUAUUUAUAAUACAUUUUUUAAUUAUAUCAAUAUGCUUGUUACUGUCUUCUGACCAUAAUUAGUAAACAGAGGUUCCAAAUGUUUACAAUCA